UGGCUGGUGCGAUGGAGGAAGCGAUGGAGCUGCGGACGGACGGGAAUUCCCUGCUAAAGGCGGUGUGGCUAGGCAGACUCCGGCUGGCCAGACUCCUGCUGGAAGGCGGGGCCUACAUUAACGAAAGCAACGAGAAGGGCGAGACCGCUCUCAUGGUGGCCUGCCGCACUAAACACGUGGACCAGCAGAGCACAAGCAAAGCCCGGAUGGUGAGGUACUUGCUGGAUAACAGGGCUGACCCCAACAUCCAGGACAAGUCCGGCAGAACAGCCCUGAUGCACGCCUGCCUCAAAGGAGCCGGGGAAGAGGUCGUUUCUCUGCUGCUGGAGAACGGAGCCGACCCGAGCCUAGAAGAUCACUCCGGAGCAUCUGCUCUGGUUUACGCUGUCAACGCAGAUGACAAGGAUUUGCUAAAGCAUCUCCUGAAAGCCUGCAAAGCUAAGGGGAAGGAGGUGAUCAUUAUAACUAUGGACAAAUCCUCGGCGGGUACCAAAGCUACCCAACAAUACCUCCACGUCCCGCCAUCGCCAGAGCUGGGGGAGAGGCAGGGCCCGGGCGUGUGCAAGGCGCCUUCGGAGAGUGAACUCAAAGCGUCCACUUCAGGCUCUUCAGUGGCUGCGAAGGAAGAGCCCUUCUUCCGCUUCCACUCCGCGCACGCCAGCGGCGGCCAGCCGGCCAAGGCCCUUCCCGAGCCCUGGUCUCCUACCAGGAAACUCGGCAAUCCCAGAAGAGCCCGUUUGCCACAGCUGAAGAGGCUGCAGUCAGAACCGUGGGGCUUGAUUGCACCUUCUGUUCUAGCCUCCUCCGCCCCUCCAGCCGAGGCCAAGGUGUGUGCCGGGGAUGACAUCACUCUGGGCAUCAGUGACUUGUCGCUCUCCAGAAAGGUUUCCUUCCCCAGGAACGGCAGCAGUAAGAGCAAAGACCUGUCUCUCUUCCCUUUGGUGGAUGACCAGGCUCUGAAGAUCCCACCAACUUCUGUGCCAGGAUCAAGGAAUCCAUCCUACGAAAAAGUUCAGCCCCUUCCUCAACGCGUAGCCAGGAGGAACGCGGUCCCCGCUGAGCCGGAGAACCCCAGCUCCGCCGGCUCGGGCCCCACACCCUUCAAAGACACCCUGCACCGGGGACGGCUGGGCACGGCGCAUUACGAUUCGGAUUCACAGCUCUACUGCGACUCCAGCUCCGUUCUGGCUGAUUCGGGGAAGGGGCCUUUGGAGAGAAACCAGCUCAACAGUUCCCAUUCGGCUUUGUUCACCAGCUCCCGGGAAUCCCUGGACAGCGCUCCCAGCACGUCUCCUGGGACGGUUCGCCGCAGGCCACCCAAUCUGCUGGAAAGACGGGGAUCUGGGACUCUCCUGCUCGAUCACAUUUCUCAUACAAGACCAGGGCAUUUGCCUCCUUUGAAUGUAAACCCCAACCCGCCAAUUCCCGACAUCGGCUCUAGCAGCAAACCGUCUUCCCCGCUCGCUGCGGGCUUCAAACCCACAGUACCCGCUGCGCCGAGUUCACCGAGAAGGGCUGACUGGCGAGCCAAAAAGAAGUUGCUUCGGAGACACUCCAUGCAGGUUGAGCAGAUGAAACAACUCUCCAAUUUUGAGGAAAUAGUGGCCCAGUAGUUUGUAUUUCAGUGGAUUUUCCAGAAACACGUGCAAAGUCCCUGCUCUCUCGUGCUCCGCACAGUGGGGUCCCUGUGCCUGGCACCCCCUGCUCCAGGAGGGGCAGAGCAGGGUCUGAUUCCCACAGCCUUGCACCUUGGGGGGCUGGGCACCGGGGCCAAGCCAGGAGCAUUUAACACUCCCGUUGCCCAGCUGUGGAGACAACACCAGGUACAAACUGGGGAAUCAGCACCAGGUACUAAAAGGAUUUCUCUGCUACUGCCCCAGGUCUGGGCUUUGUUCCCAGGAUGAAUCUGGCGAAGGGCUGAUUGUAGAGGAAGGUAGUGUGAGACACACGAGACUUCUCCCCAAGGAACAUGAGCACCAUUCCUUCAGUCUCCAGUUCUUUGUCCUUAAUCUGUGUCUUUCCUACCCACACGGAGACAGUCCUGGGAUCGCCAGUGCCUGUGGGGCUGGUGGACGUCUCAAGUGCCUACAGAACCAGAGCGGAGCUCACUGCUGCCAGGAGGAGGAAGAGCCGCGUCCCCCCGACACCUGCCCCGAGCCGGAGAAGGGACACAAUUCUCUCUGCUUCCCAGAAAUGCUAUCGCUUGAACAGGCCAGAUAACGGAGCAGAUCCGGUCCUGGUGACACUCCGGUGCAACCAACGGGACUGCAUCGGGGAGGUGUUCGGCCCGGCACCGUCAGGCUGCCAGGCCAUUCCAUUGCUCGGUGGGACGCUCUGCUGUGGGCGCUGCGCU